UUUUACUUCUACUCUACAUAAUAUCUCAAACUUAAUUAUGUCUGGAAGAGGCAAAUCCGGCGCCGGCAAAGCCAGAGCAAAGGCCAAGACCCGCUCAUCCCGUGCCGGGCUCCAGUUCCCAGUUGGCCGCGUCCACAGGCUCCUGAGGAAGGGUAACUACGCUCAGCGUGUCGGUGCCGGAGCUCCGGUGUAUCUGGCGGCGGUGCUCGAGUACCUGACCGCUGAGAUCCUGGAGCUGGCUGGAAACGCCGCCCGCGACAACAAGAAGACCCGUAUCAUCCCCCGCCAUCUGCAGCUGGCCGUCCGCAACGACGAGGAGCUCAACAAGCUGCUGGGCGGAGUGACCAUCGCUCAGGGCGGCGUGCUGCCCAACAUCCAGGCCGUCCUGCUGCCCAAGAAGACCGAGAAAGCCGUCAAGAGCAAGUAAAGCUCCGUGCUGCUCCUCAACCAACCCAAAGGCUCUUUUAAGAGCCACCCACUCCAUCCAAAAGAGUAAAUUCCUUUAUAGACUUAAGUCAAACCUGCACUACAAAUGGAUUUAUUAAUCCUCCUGUAAAAUCUUUCUAUAUCAGAACUAUAACAAAUUUUGGUAGUGAAGCACAAAAACUCAGGAAGAAUAUUGACAAAAAACGCUGAAAAACGUGACUACAAAACCUCGCCAAAGGUGACAAAAACUUGAUACA